AUGAGGGCUCCUUCAUUGUUUGGGCCAGCGACGGCUGGCCUAGCGACUUUAUUCGCCUUACCGACCGUUUACGCUCUGACAUUCGACGCCGUUUCCAUGCCCGACUUCGAACUGUCUUCCCUUGGCCGGGUGACCAUCACUGGUGACUUCGACGGCGUAUCGCUUUACCAAUAUCAAGGACAAUCAGAAAUAACCCGGCGCCAGGGCUCCUCUAUUUUGACUCCGCUUCCAAAUGGCAUACUCACGAACCUCACCUCCGCCGACGCGCAGAUCCGUGAUAUGUGUGCAUACACAAAGCCAGAUGGGACUUUGGGAGGAAUCUUCGUCGCCGGAAACUUCAGCAGUCUUGGGGGAGUCGAUUCACCAGGGGCUGCGCUCUUUAGCCCCAAUUCAAGUCAAAUCACCGCCUUGUCGGGCCUCAAUGGCUCGGUAUCGACCGUGCUCUGCGACCAGUCAACAAACCGUGUUUACGUUGGUGGAGACUUCUUGCGCGACCACUCUUCAAAUGCCGCCGUCUGGACUCCCGACCAUGGAUGGACUGAUUUGCCCUUCGACGGCUUCAAUGGACCUGUGACGUCGAUUAUCAAAGAUGACAGCGACCACAUCAUCUUUGGUGGAUCUUUCACUGGACUUGGCAAUAGCACCAAACCUUCUUCUAGCAGCAACAAUACCAAGCAGAUUCUCAAUCUGUCGAGUGCGACCAUUACGGCUGACGCCAAAAGCUCCCUGAGCGGUUACGAGGAUCCCACCAACAUUGUGUGCUCGACUAGCGGCGUUGCAGGCAAGGGUAAGACCUAUCUGCUUCACGACUACGCUCCCGGUUAUUGGCGUGCCGAUCUUGGCUUCACGUUCUUCCCGACCAAAGUCCGCCUUUAUAACACUCAUCUCGAUGGCCGCGGUACCAAGGACUUUUUGUUCCGCGCUCUGCCCGACGAUGGCAUCAUGAAUUUGACCUAUACCGAUACUUCCGGUAACAAGAUCCAUUGCGACUCGUCUUGCCCCCUUUCUAGCAGCACUAGCGAGAAAUAUCGUGAUUUCACCUUGGUAAAUCCCGUUGGUAUGGAGGGUUUCCAGAUCGAGAUUUUGGCUUGGUACGGACAAGGUGCCGGUUUGAACGGUAUCGAAGUCUUCCAAGACCAGAUCAUGUCUUAUGCCGUCGAUGACUACAAUGAGCCAUCAUGCGCUGGCAUUGAGUACCCCUCGAAGUCGACGAGCACCGGCACCUGGACCGUUGGCUCCGGAUACCUCAUUGCAAAUGUAACGGAUUCAAACGACUUGGAUACAUCCGUUGUCUUUGAACCUGAUGUCAAGGAGUCCGGUAACUACACCAUCCUUGUGUAUACCCCUGGAUGCAAAGCCGACGACACUUGCGAUUCUCGUGGUAUGGUCAAUGUUACAGCCGUUCUUGCUACUGACACGGAUGCCGCGCAACCGUCUCCGACCACUAUAUACCAGACUAACGACUAUGACAAGUAUGACACCCUAUUCUCUGGAUAUGUGGAAGCCGCUAGUAGUUCUUUCCGCCCCCGUGUCACUCUUCGGCCCAUUGUUGGUCAGGGAGAUAUUACCGUUGUUGCGUCCAAAGUUCGAUUUGACCUGCUAUCCGCAUCCAACACCACGAAUACGACUGGCAACCUGAAUGGAUUGUACGAUUACAACCCGAAGUCAACGAGCACUUCCAACCUCGACAACUCGGAUAUCAACAAGGCUGGCACAUCACUCAACGACAGCGCUUCUAUCAACAAAUUGGCGCAGCACGAUGGUGUGGUCUACGUUGCUGGUAACUUCUCCAACUCGAAUAUUCAUAACGUCAUGUCUAUCACCGAUGGAAAUGCCACUGCCAUGCCAAACGGUGGCUUGAAUGGGGAGGUCCUAGCCAUGACAGCGUCAGACAGCUACUUGUACGUUGGUGGCAAGUUUACCGGCACCUCUGACGGUGGUGUCAGCGGUCUCUAUCAUGUGGCUUCUUACUCUUACUCCACCAAGGAAUGGUCAGCGAUGGGCGAUGGUCUGAAUGGCCCAGUUAAUACGAUUUACCCGAUCGAGUUGAACGUCUCUACUGCGAUCAACGAGACUACCUAUGCUGUGAGCGGUGAUUUCGACGAGAUCCGUGCCACCAGUGACCGACCCGCCAUUUACGUAGCUGGCUUUGCCAUCUGGGUGCCUUCCCAGAAGACCUGGCUGCAGAGCCUCAAUGAUACCCAAAUGGAGUUCGCUGGUCAGCUGUCCGCGGUCGCCACAUACAAUGAAACCUCCAUUCUUGCUGGCAGCCUUGCUACUGACGGUAUUUCUGCCGGAGGUGCAGUGUCAUUGCAGAACGGCGAUGAUCUGAACCUGGUGCCUUUGGAUAUCAACUUGAACCACACCACGUCUAAUAUCGGUGUAUUUACUGGUGUUUACGACACUGAGUCUGGGCGAAAUCUCACCAUUGUUGGUGGCCAGUUUGUCACGACCGCCAGCAACGGAUCUACCAUCAACAACCUUGCUUUCUUGAACGGCACUCAGCAGACUAUCACUGGUCUUCCCCAGGGUCUGCAUAGCAACUCGACCUUUUAUUCCAUGGUUGUGCACAAUGACACCCUUUAUGCUGGUGGUCUCGUUACUGGAACGAUUGGCGGUGGCAGUGUGAGCGGUCUGGUGUCCUAUGAUCUGUCCACGAACACUUUCCAGGAAAGCCAACCUUGGUCACUCCACGGAGACAACGUCACGGUUAACUCAAUUGCUGUGCGCCCCGGUUCGUCUGAUAUCUAUGUUGGCGGUAACUUCGAGACUGCUGGCUCUCUUACUUGCACUAGUGUUUGUGCUUGGGACCCCAAUGAGCAAUCAUACUCUUGGCCUGGUGUGACAAUCAGUGGUACCGUGCUUUCGCUCACUUGGGCGACCUCAACGACUUUGUAUGCCGUGGGAGAUCUCGACAUCUCGGGCAACAAGACUGUCGCCGCCGCAUUCAGCACAAAGUCACAGACCUGGACCGCCCUUGAUGGCGCAUCCGCCUCGCGCAUCCCUGGUAACAUCACUGCGUUCGCACCUGCUAGCGAGGACAUGUCGGAGUUCUGGGUUGCAGGCACAGCGACUAACGGAUCGGCCUUCCUCCUGAAGUACGCGGGCUCCAAGUUUGCCUCUCCUGGUAACCUGUUCGCUGAGGGGACGGACAUUCGUGGCAUGGAGAUUCUUCCUCUCACCAAGGACCACUCGGCUACUUCCCUCCUGAAGAACGACCAGACUCUGCUUAUAAUGGGCAACCUUGUUCUUCCUGGGUUCGGCCUGGCUUCUGCGGCUCUCUACAAUGGCACCGCGGUCACUCCCUUCAUUCUUUCGUCCAAGUACAAUGGAAAGCCGGGCAGCAUGUCCCAAAUGUUCACGGAACACCAGAACCCGUAUACCAGCGGAACAUCUCAACACUCCAACGGUAUCGUCGUUCUAGUAGCAUUCUGCUGCGCCCCAGGCACGGUCUUCCUUAUCGUCGCCUGCGGCGUCAUCAUGAACAAGAUCCAGCGCCGCCGCCAAGGCUACGCCGCGGCACCACAAACCUUCGGAACAGACCGACCAACUGAUAUGACCCGCGUACCACCGCAGUACCUCUUUAGCCACCUGGGCGCGACGCAUCCUACCGCCCCAACCAUCUAA